AUGUAUGUUGUAACCACUGAAGAAGAUGCUCAAGAAGGACAUCAUUGGAAACUAAAUUUUGACGGAGCGUCAAAAGCAAUGGGUAACAGAAUUGGGGCAGUCCUGGUAUCCCCAAGUGGAGAUCACUAUCUCUUUACUAGUAAAUUGGAUUUUGAUUGCACGAAUAAUAUGGCAGAAUACGAAGCAUGCAUCAUGGAUAUCUGUGUAGCCAUAGAAUGCAAGAUCAAAGUACUAGAGAUGGCUAAUACCCUAGUUACUUUAGCUUCCAUUGUCAAAAUGAACAAACAAGAGGAUGUAAAAUCGAUCCAGAUUAGUAUUUAUGAGGCUUCGACUCAUUGUUACAACAUUGAGGAAGAGGAAAAAGAUGAUCACCCUUUGUACCACGAUAUACUGCGAUAUGUAAAGAAUCAUGAAUACCCUGAUCAUGCGAUCGAGAAUGAUAAAAGGAUGUUGAGGAGACCGGCCAAUGGCUGUGUCUUAAAUGGGGAGAUCAUCUAUUAA